UCUCCCACUUCAAGUCUUCAACAGCAGCCGUUCUCUUCUCCCGGUUUCCCUCUCCAGUCAUUCGCUUCCUCCCCAUCUCUCUCUUUCUGUCAUAAAUGGAUGUGUAAAGCAGCAUCCGAGGUCGACGGGUAUUAUCAAUGUUAUUCCCGUUACUCCGUCUUCGAAUCCCGGGUUGCCACCUCUUCCGCCGACUCUGCGUCGGUUGAUUUCUGACCCGUCUCCGUCUCCGGCAAAGACCUAUUCAAGGUCCUCGAGUUCUGGGGAUGUAAGUGUGGAUUUGAUUGAGGAAGACACUCCCAACUCCAACUCCAAUUCCAAGUACACUUCUUCGCCGUCCCACACAGACCCGCGAGAGAGAGGAAAUCAAUCGGCGGCGUGCCUCCAUUGCCACUAUUGUCCUCGCCUUCCUCCGCCGUGCUUGUCCACCCCCACCCUCCACCACCACCGCUCCACUGCCUAGGUCGAAAUCGUCCCUUCCACUCUAACGUCGUUCUUCUUUGCUGUUGAUUUUGUAUUUCUUCUAGGCCUAACCUCUAUUUGUCUUUUCUGGGCUAGGACAGAAUUGGGCCCAAGUUAGCCAUUUCAGGCUUUCAUUUGUAUCUGUGAGAGUGCCCAGAGAGAGAGAGAGAGAGAGAAUGAAUAAAGGCGGAGCAGGUGGAGGAGGCGGAAGUGGGAGCAGCGGUGGCGGAAGUGGACCCACCGCGGCAGCAGCGGCAGCGGCAGCUCAGAAGCAGAAAACAUUACUUCAAAGAGUCGAAGCCGACAUUGGCAGCAUUGUUGACAACUUCAGCCACCUCGUCAAUGGCUCACGGGUGAAUGAUCUUCCUGUCAGAAAUUCACAAGAAGCUUUCAUGAUGGAGAUGCGUGCAGCUAGAAUGGUUCAGACAGCCGACUCUCUACUUAAGUUGGUAUCAGAGCUUAAGCAAACCGCAAUCUUCUCCGGAUUUGCAUCCCUUAAUGACCAUGUGGAGCAAAGAACAGCUGAGUUUAAUCAACAGGCAGAGAAGACAGACCACAUGUUGGCAAGAAUUGGAGAGGAGGCAGCUGCCAGCCUCAAGGAGCUUGAAUUGCAUUAUUUUUCUUCAGCAGAGAGGGCUAGUGAUACUCCGCAGUUGUGAAUGGGUGGCAUAAGAGAAGCAUGCUAAUCAGCAUUUGAUUCUACUCUUAAGUACUGCGAUUUCUAGUUCUAGUUUAGUUUACCAAUUUGAUCUGAUCAGUUUUUAAUUUCAUUGUAAAUGUUUCUUAACAGUCAGUACUAAAAUUGUCAAUGAAUUUAAUGGGUUAUGGUCA